AUGGCCCAAAUUCGUGGCACUGCGGGCUACAACCUCGGCCACCAGAACCCGUUUGGCGGGCCCGGUAGCGCAGAUGCCACCAGCGACCCAAGUCCACUGGACGCAAUUCGCGAGCAGACAAGCAAGAUUGAGGACUGGUUGGACACCUUGGCCGAUCCAGUGAAGCCAUACCUUCCCGCCAUCGGCCGAUUCCUGAUUGUAGUCACCUUUAUCGAAGACUCCCUGCGCAUUAUCACACAAUGGAACGAUCAGCUCCUUUAUCUCCGUGAUUUCCGGAAGAGUAAGACAAUACCCAUGCUCCUGGACCCUGACCCGCGCGAGACUGGGGGGGUUCCUUGGGGAAUCACGCACACCUUCCUUAUCGUUAAUGUCAUUGCCAUGGCUGUUUGUUCGACUCUUGUCAUCGCCCGCAAACGCACCGAGUUCGCCGUCGCGGGAUUGCUUGGUGUCGUCAUCACACAGGGUCUUGGUUACGGUCUCAUCUUCGACUUGAACUUCUUCCUUCGCAAUCUGAGUGUUGUCGGCGGUCUGCUUAUGGUCCUGUCUGAUUCGUGGGUGCGCAAGAAGUUCGUCCCCGCCGGUCUUCCCCAGCUCGAUGAGAAGGAUCGCAAGAUGUACGUCCAGUUCGCUGGUCGUGUGCUGCUGAUCUUCCUCUUCGUCGGGUUCGUUUUCUCCGGCGAGUGGAGCUUCUGGCGCAUUCUGGUCAGCUUGUUCGGUCUCGUCGCUUGCGUCAUGGUCAUUGUUGGCUUCAAGGCCAAGUGGAGCGCCAUCAUUCUUGUUGUCCUGCUCAGUCUGUUCAACGUGUUUGUGAACAACUUCUGGACGCUGCACGCCCACCACCCGCAGAAGGACUUCGCCAAGUACGACUUCUUCCAAAUCUUGUCGAUUGUUGGUGGUUUGGUCCUCCUCGUCAACAUGGGCCCCGGCCAAUUGAGCAUGGACGAGAAGAAGAAGGUCUACUAG